CCAGUGGCCGGCAGUAGGAGAAGRUGGAGCGAGAUGGAUUUUGUCCGACAUUCUGAACAUUUUCUCAGUUUUCUGUUUCCAAAACUAUAAUCUGUAACAAACAGAGUGGACUGCGUUUUGUAGACUUUAGGCUUUACCAAAGUUUUUAAAAAGCGUUGUUUCGAUGGAGUGCGAGGGCGAAUUGUGUWAUUGCAUACGCGCACAUCACAUAGUAUGCGUUCCCUAACGGAAUAUGCAAAUUAAUGCUAAAACGCGCCAAUAGGAGCUCGCUAUCUCGUGCUUGGCUCUGCCCAUCUCCUUGCUUGUUCUGGCCAGUAUGAUUAAUUCGCUCCCAUUGGAAACRACAGGCUCUGAUCUUUCUUGGGUUACUUAUAACAAAUCUUUGGUGCCACUGGCACAUGAUUCCUCUGUUUACAGCACAGCCAUCCGGUAAAAACAUGGAGGACGCCACCAGCAGUAAUCCUCAAUCUAUUGGAUUUACAGAGAAAUUAAAAUCGUGGUUGUCCUGGUCAUGGACAUACAUAUGUGCAGUUUGGUUUGCCAUGGUUUUAACUAUGAUCUAUGUUCUGCGAAGCCCCUUGAAACUGCAGGACACUCUUACCUCAGCAUCUGCGUUCUUGAAUACACUGACCCCUAAAUUCUAUGUGGCACUCACUGGAACAUCCUCUCUCAUCUCUGGCCUAAUCUUGAUAUUUGAGUGGUGGUACUUCCGUAAGUAUGGGACCUCGUUCAUUGAGCAGGUGUCUGUUAGCCAUCUGCGGCCUCUCCUAGGUGGGGUGGAGAGCAGCACGACCACUGGCCUGUUCUCCUCAGUCAACRGAGAGGCUGAGCCUAGACCCAGUGUCUCAGAGUGUAAAGUUUGGAGGAAUCCUUUAAAUCUAUUCAGAGGAGCAGAAUACAGCAGGUACACAUGGGUGACUGGAAAAGAGCCUUUGACCUACUACGAUAUGAACCUGUCUGCUCAAGACCACCAGACCUUCUUCACUGGCGACACUCAGCAACUCAAGCCUGAAGAUACUGGUUUGAAUCUAAGCUUUUCAACCGUUAUGCAGAAGGCCUGGAGGGAGAGAAAUCCCCAAGCCCGGAUCAGAGCAGCUUACCAGGCCAUAGAGAUGAACCACGAGUGUGCUGCUGCCUAUGUACUCCUGGCUGAGGAGGAAGCCACCACCAUCACAGAGGCAGAGCGGCUGUUCAAACAAGCCCUGCGGAGCGCUGGCAAAGACAUCAACUUGCUGGUGUAUAUMAAACGCAGACUGGCCAUGUGUGCACGCAAGCUGGGACGCAUCAAGGAGGCAGUGAAAAUGAUGAGAGAUUUAAUGAAAGAAUUCCCACUGUUGGGAAUGUUGAAUAUACAUGAAAAUCUCCUAGAGGCGUUACUGGAGCUGCAGGCUUACGCUGACGUACARGCAGUCCUUGCCAAAUAUGACGACAUCAGCUUGCCAAAGUCAGCUACUAUAUGCUACACGUCUGCACUGCUGAAAGCACGGGCUGUAUCGGAGAAGUUUUCUCCUGAGGCUGCGUCCCGGCGGGGCCUGAGCACUGCGGAGAUGAACGCUGUGGAGGCUAUACACAGAGCUGUGGAGUUCAACCCACAUGUGCCAAAGUAUUUAUUAGAGAUGAAGAGUCUGAUCCUGCCUCCAGAACACAUCCUGAAGAGGGGGGACAGCGAGGCGGUGGCCUACGCCUUCUUUCACCUGCAGCACUGGAAGAGGGCCGAGGGAGCCUUAAACCUGCUGCACUGCACCUGGGAAGGCACUUUUCGGAUAAUUCCCUACCCUCUAGAGAARGGUCACCUGUUUUACCCCUACCCUGGGUGCACAGAAACAGCAGAUCGGGAACUGCUGCCCUCCUUCCACGAGGUGUCUGUGUACCCAAAGAAAGAGCUUCCCUUCUUCAUCCUCUUCACAGCGGGCCUUUGUUCGUUCACCGCCAUGCUGGCCAUGCUCACACACCAGUUUCCUGAGCUYAUGGGCGUCUUUGCCAAAGCAUUCUUCAGCACCCUAUUCGCACCCCUGGGUUUCUUCGCUGACAAGAUGGAGAGCUUCAUGCCGUCCAGUUUUUGGCAUCAGCUGACUCGAAUCUGACCCCAUCACACACACACGCACACACCACAUACACAAACACACUCCUCAGACACCAACACUCCAAAACUAUAGACAGAAAUGUUUGCUCUCCUGUCUUCAGCAUUUACACACACUUUGGUAAUGAUUCUGUUGGCCAAGUCUUGUAUCAUGAGACAGAUAUUUUUUAAAGUAAACGUUUACCAGAUAUUCACACAGUCAUUCAUUUAUUAUUAUUAUUAUUAUUAUAUGAACUUGAAGUUACGUUGAGUAACACAGAAUGGUAAAUUGAGAGUAUUUCAACCCACAGUUUACUCCCAAGUCUGACCUCGAAAUUGGGCCAUUCUCUCAUAGAUGAAGUGCCGAAACAGUAAAUGAAACAAUAAAUGAAUGAUUCUAAAUGAGCACACAAUUAUUUUUCUUUUGGAGUGCAGUGAUGGUUCACGUUUCAUCAUUCUGAAAGCUUAACACUACAGUUCCUACUCGGUUCUAUUUGCUGUCGAUAAUAUCUGGCCAAAUGUAUUGCCUGUGUUAGCUGGUGCAACAGGAGCGAGAUAGAGGUAAAGGCCUGUUUUCCRGGAUCACAGUUAUGCACAGACAGAUUUCUGUUCACUAGAACAAAGUAUGUGUGUCAAAAGAGUACAUGCCAGUUCAGAUAGGUAAAAAAAAAAAUCUGCAUAACCUUUAUGGUACAUUGUCUUCCUAUGGGGUGGAGUUUGUGAGACCGUCUAAAAAUAAAUCCUUGAUUUACUGCCUCACCAUGUCUGUAGUGUAUACAACACCUGCAACGUUUUGCCAGUUGUUGCUACGGCAUGCCACCUCAGUAUUAUAUCACUCUAGCCCCUCAGACGUAGCAUGAAAAUGUAAAUGGGAUAUUGACUGGUCAUGGCAUCACUCACAGCCAAUUACAUAACGUAAAGCUGCAUUUCUAGUUUCUCCUCUAUGAGUUGGAGGCAACUCGUAUUGCUCAGGUGUUAUGGGCAGUGUUUAACUUGGGAAGGAGCUCACCAGUGUUGGGUACCGGCACCGGCAUGUUCUACUGCUUGAGCUCCUGUUCCUCUUGUAAAAUAUUAGCUCAAAAGUAUUGUGGAGCUCCUGCACCAGAAUAUAAACAGUACCGGCACCCAAAAUGAGUACCGGCACCUAUUUCAGUCCAAGUCAAGCACUGGUUAUGGGGCAAUAGCAAUCACAACAGGACACUAUUUGUUUGAAGUACUGUAUGAUCUCACUUUAUCCUCAUCAGCAAAUACUCUGAACCAUGAUCUAAGACUAGUCAAUAGCCAAUAUUUUGUGGCAGGACUUGAAUAGCAUGAAGUGCCUCACUGGCUCAACAGACAGAUUGGAAAUAAUCGGCUUGAUGAAAUUGAAAGACAUUGCCCACGAUACUGCCAGAUAUUUAUUUAUUGUGUUGAUGAACCAACGUUGCGGGCAUACAGUGCCUUAUUCACCGUAGAAGACCAGUGGUUUCAGAACAUGCUCAUUCAUUUGCUAAUUCCUUCAACUGUAUUAUAUGUUUGAGUAUACAUGAACCCAAUUAUGAGUCAAGACAGCAGUGAGAGCUGACCGUUUAUUGGUUGCUGGUGGUGCAUUGGCAUCACGGUCAAUUAUCACACAUUGCUUGAACAGCACUAAUAAUUGGUUUGCUUACAUUCAACUUGUGUCAAAGCCAUCAGCCUUCCUGUCUGGCUAUACUGUGCACUAUCUGGGUGUACUUACUGUCCACUAUUUUAAUUCCAUACUCUUGGGUUAUAUUUGAGUAACAUGAUGAAAUGCUGAAGACAGAAGUCAUAAUAUUUGACCUAACUACCAUAUGAUGAGUUGGAUAGCUCACAAUAAAUUGGUUAUUGAAUGUAAUUUGAAUGUGUUUGUGUUUGAAUUUUUGUUGUACAUUGUGAACAAAUAAAUCAAUAAAAAUAAAMACGAUUCAAGAUG